AUGGUGUCACAACCCUCAGCCGUUCCUAAUUCUCUACCUCUUUCUUACGCUGAUCGCGCAAAGAAGGCUCAAAAUAUCAGGCAAAAAGGUCAGGUCUCAUCGCAAGGCAUCGGCGUCUCCCCUGCAGCUCCGAUAUCUGUACACCCAUCGUCUGCGCCGAGCACAUCGAGCGCAUUGUCAGGAACCAGUUCUGGUCCAUCAAAACCAUCGUCGUCGAGCGUUCAGGAUACUCCAGCUUCUUCUGCGAUCUCUACACGAACCACUUCCAGGCCGUCCUCUCCGACCAUAGCUCCCAAGGAUGCGAAUGGUGACGUAAACCACACUAACUCCCACCCACCAGAGCGGCCUCCACCUGCUCUCAAACCCGCUGCGGCACCGCCUGUCAACGUUUGGAACUUACGCAAGGAGCAGAUGGCACAAGCCCGCGCACUCUCACAGUCUCAGUCGUCGUCGGUCUUGCUGCGCGGAUCUUCACAAACUGGAGGCGCCGCGAUGCCGUUACCCACCUCUUCGAGUUCAUCUGAUACGCCAGAAGCAGGUCUGGCUUCCGCUUCGACUACGCCUGCUUUGCAAAACGUGACCAACCACAGAGCGAGUUCAUCCUUGGGAUCCGGUGUGCCUGUCAAUGGUCGUACAACACACUCCAACGAUGAAGACGAUGCCUUUGUUGUGCGGGCGAGGUUACCGCCCACAGUGGACGAUGUUGAAAGCUGGCCUGAAGUGGGCAAGUCCGCGCCGCCGGUGAACGCUGGGACAGAUGGGAAGGACAAGGACGAGGGUGCACACGAGAGGGAGAGGGACGGUUCGCAGCCUUCAUCGAGGAAAAGCGAGAAAACAAAGUGGGUCCCGAUACCGCCGCAAGAGCUGCAAGCUGCGGCCGACGCACUACAGCAGAGUCGUGCGCCGCAUUCGCACGCACGCAAUAGAGCCCAGCAGCAUGCCCCUCCGCGCACCCAAGGCUCGUACCCUGCGUCAGGGUCUGGCUCUACUUCUUUGUCUGCCUCGGGUUCAGCGCAGGCCUCUCAGGGGCAGAGUAGAGCACAUUCAUCAUUGGGCGUGCGCCCUUCAGCCUCGCACGCAAGCUCCGUCUCGCAAUCCCAAGUGCAGAGCCGCACUGGGAGCGCCCACUCUAGCCCACGCCAGCCGUUUACGCGUAGGCGUCUCCCUGAAGAGGGCGGUGCUGGUGUGGGUCCGAUGCACACCGUCAACAGGAGCAUACGCUCCUCAAGAUCGGGCUCGCCGCAGCUAUCUGCGCCCCCGUAUGUCCCUCCAGCGGAAUACAACCCUCGCAUCGCCGCGAUGCCAUAUCCUCCGCCCAACAUGGGCCCCCCACCCGAAUCGCUCAACCCAGACAUUAGCAAUAGUAUCGCGUACUACCAACCAAACAUGAGCGCCCCGCGCUCGUACAACACGUCGCGUGGCUCGCCGGCACAGAACCCUUACGCUCUUCCGCCGGCCAUGUAUCCCGCCCAGCAGCUGCCGGGAAUGCCCAUGAACCCGUACGCCAGUGCGCCUUACGGGCUGUAUUCGCAGUUCUCGUACCCCUAUGCUCCUCCUCCUUACAUGUUCUGGCCCGCUGCGGGUGGGCCCCAGCCAAUUUCGUCCUCGCCGGUUCCCAUAGUGCCGCCUAUGGACGGUGGAGUCCCACCUCCCACAAUGAUGGCGCGACCGCCGCCGCCUGGUGAGUCCGAUGCCGUUGCGGGCUAUCGCGAGGUUGGGUUUGUGCUCCCACCCCCUGCGGCAUACGAACGCGUGGAGGAGGAGGCUCAAGGCGAGGUCGAGCGCGGUCGGCGCGGGAGGGAGCUGAGUUUCGGGAGCAUUGGCGUAGCGGGCGCAAGCAAGAGCCCGAGCCCCGCGCCGCCGUCGGGCUCACCAGCAGAGGCGAGUAACAAUGCAGGUGGACUAGGGUUGGACACCGGUGUGCUGGAGGAGAAGGGGAGCGGAGAGGAGAGUGGAGACAAAACAUUCACGACGUUCUCGAUUGGCGUUGCUCCUGGUGAGCCUGGGCCGGCGCGCAUCCGCUCGCGCACGCGCACGCAGUCGAGGGGCGGAUUGGGCGAUGGCGUGUCCCUGAAAACCGCGCUGGAGCCGUCCGAGCCUUUAGCAAUAGCUGAGGAUGUGAAGGCGGGCCGCACGACUGCACAGACCGCGGCGGGAGAAGUAGAAGUGAAAGUCAUCGAUUUAACGGACCCAGAGACGAAGUGGGAGUUUGGGACGACGAAGCGUGCAGAGACGGAAGUAGAGGCGAGAGAAGCGGGGACGGAAGGUGUGGCUACGGGUGUUUCCCCCUCUAAUGCGUUGGGCAUGUCGCCUGGCCCGGCUGCCGUGCCUGUGCAGGGAGAGGGCUACCCACCGGCAAGAGUUCCAUCAGCACAGGUCCCCGGUUAUGUGCGUGCGCCCAACUAUGUGCCGCCUGUCGCAAUACCUCCCAUGGGCUCGACAUUGACCCACCUGAAGGACACUGGUUCUCCGUCUACCGCUCCGCAGAGUGCAUUACCCCCGACGUCAGCGGCUUCAUCGGGACUUGGAGACGACUGGGAGGUAAAGGACUAUGGAUACGGUUUCGGUCGCGGGUUCGCGCCGGCCAUGACGAGGGAGGAACAUAUGCUGUUGCGGGAACGAGACAGACGCGAUCAUGCCGAGCGCGAAUACUAUGGGCGGCCGCGUAGGGGCUCAUAUAGCGGCGGCUACGGAUACGACCGCGGUGGACACGAGCGAGGGGGCUUCGAGCGGGGAGGAUACAGUGGACGGAGGGGCCGAGGCAUGUAUGGUGGGCGGGGAGGCUACCAUUCGCGCAAUUUCUCGAGAGGCGGGUAUCAGCAGGGUCCGCCCCGCCAGCCACCGUUCGUCGUGCAGCCUCCACAGAACGAGCUCAACAGCUACUACGCCCCGGCACCACAGCCUGUGACAUCAUACAUUCCGCCGGCCUAUGAAGGCUACGCGUAUCCGCCGUACGCCGCUGCUCAGCAGCCUGUCCAGCCUGUCCAGCCAGUACCGCCGAUGCCGAUGCCGCUGUCUCCGCUGUCGUUCCCUCUGGACCCGACUAGGUAUUAUCUCCUGGGCCAGCUGGAGUACUACCUCAGCCCACAGAAUAUGGCACAGGACUUUUUCCUCCGUCAAAGGAUGGAUUCUCGCGGAUGGAUCUCCAUUUCGCUGAUUGCAUCGUUCAACCGCGUCAGGCAGUUGACGGUGGAUCUGCAACUAGUCAGGGACGUCCUGACGCUUUCCAGUCUCGUUGAGGUCAACGGUGACUGGGUCCGAAUGCGGCAGUGGGAGCAGUUCGUACUGCCGAAUGCCAUCGAGAGCACCGUUGAGACGGAGCUUCAUCGUGAUACUCAGUUCCAGGCGGCCGAAGAAUUACUUGCUGCAUACGAUGGGGCGGAAGCGGGUUCAAACCCUGACGGUGAAGGAGAAGCGGAGGGAGAUGAGGAGGACGAGGAAGAUGUCGUGUUUGUGCUGGGCAGAGACGCGAACCGACCAUGGACACCCGAGCGACGGCCUGCCUGA